GGGCUUCUCGGAAAAAAAAAAAGUUGCUUUCGACACCUGUCCUUUUGUUUGACUCACUUGGAUUAAGAUGUCGUCGAAGCGUAACUCAGAGAAAGAUUUACCCGGCUUUGAAGCCUUAGACGAAGUAAAUAAACACAUUAAAGACGCUUUCGACAUUCUGAAUCGUGAGACGAACAAGCUUCGCAAGGAAAGAAAUGCGUUUGACGAGGUGGCAAAGAAGCUCGAGCAUGUUCAUUUCUCGACCAUGCUGAAACUCAACGUCGGAGGCCAUUUUUUCUCCACAAGUUUGGCGACUAUGACUAAAGAUCCAGGUUCCAUGUUUCAUUCCAUGUUUUCAGGCAGAUUUGACACAAAACCAGGCGAGGAUGGAUCUUACUUCAUCGACCGAGACGGAACACACUUCCGAUAUAUCUUAAAUUACCUUCGCACUGGGAAACUCGUCUUACCGGACGAUAAAGUCGUUCGCAAUGAGUUGUUGAACGAGGCAGAAUUCUAUCAAAUCGAUGGGAUACUCGAUGAGCUGAAAGCAAAUCCGUUUAAAGAUUCUGCAAUUCUCUCCUCAGAACAGCGUGAAAUCCUGGUAGAUUGGUUGAAGGACACACGCGAAAGCUUAGGCGAUGAUUACGUGUUGUUAUACCGAGCUUCUCGCAAUGGAUGGGCCGCCUCUAACUUCCACUCCUGUUGUGAUAACAAAGGACCAACAGUUACAGUGAUCAAGUAUGGAAACUACAUAUUUGGAGGAUAUACUGAGCAGUCAUGGCAAUCGUCAAAUACUGAACCGUACAAAAGAGCACCAGGUUCUUUCCUGUUCAGCCUUGUCAAUGCCAGUGGCUUGCCACCAACAAAGAUGCCUUUGAUAGAUGGUAGGGAAGGAAGUGCCAUCUACUGCCACAAUAGCCGUGGUCCAGUAUUUGGAGGUGGACAUGAUCUUUGCGUUCCAGAUUCUCCAAAUUCCUCCAACUGCUCCGUUAACCUUGGCAUUACAUACCAGUGCCCAGCAGGUCAGAAUGGUAACCUUUUUUUAACAGGAAGUCAAUACUUCGUUGUGAAUGAAAUGGAAGUUUUUGUGUUCAAAAAUUAAAGGCAUCGUUGUCAAUUUUCUCUUCCUGAUGAGACUACAACAGAUAUUGUAAACAUCAGCUAAUGACUAAUUUCCUCUUAGUUAUGUUGUUGUUAGUGAAUUUUUUUUUAAACUAGAUUGGAGAAGUAAGAGGCUUUCAAAACCUUUUUGUGGAACUGAUCUGGCUUGUGAACAUUCGUUUCUUGCUUUUGAUUUUCAAGAAUUGUUUGCUAGUCAGUUAAGUGUGUUGUUGUUACUUGAGCAAGACUGAGUUAUUAAAAGAAACGUUUGCGAC